GCCGGUGAAAAACAUGUGGGCACACAGCUGAUAAAAAGCACACGGUCGCGCAGCGCUCCAGCUCAGUUCAGAGUCAGUGUCAGUUAAAGUCCAGGUGUAGUGUGGUGACAGUCUGUAAACAUGUCCAGUGCCGGCGUGGGCUUGUUGCUUGCGGUUUUGACUGUGGCUGUGGAAGGGUUCACUUUGAAGUAUGCAGUUGAUUGUUCCUAUUCGUGUGAACGGACCACCGCCUGUCCCGUGACGGCGGGCUGUAAAAAGACAGUGCUGGAUGACUGCGGCUGCUGUAGGGUUUGUGCAGCCGGCAGAGGGGAGGUGUGUUACCGCACAGUGGCCGGAAUGGACGGGGUUAAAUGCGGACCUGGUUUACGGUGCAAUUUUAACAGUGAAGAAGACGACUUUGGAGAUGAAUAUGGCAUUUGCAGAGAUUGCCCCUUCGGAACGUACGGAUUAGAAUGCAGGAAGGUGUGUAAUUGCACGUUUGGGAUCUGUAACAGAGAGACCGGUCAAUGCGUGAAGUUCCCGUUCUUUCAAAUUCCUGAAACAAAACCUGGAAACCGCAGGAAAUCUGAACCUCUGCCAGGAACCGAGCAAGGAUCUGGAUACAGCAGCGAUGACCUGAAGCAAAAUGUGCUCAAAGAUAAAACAAACAGUUCCACCGGAGAGAAGCGGCAAACCCCUCGUUGAUAUUUGUCUAUAUUUCUGUCAAAAGAGAAAGUGACCUGUCAUCAAACUUAUGUUGGAACUUACUUUACAAUGCAACUAUUAUAUGUCGUAUUUAAACACGUCUAUGUGGACAUCGAAGUGUUGUUUGUACAGAAGCACUAUUUUGUUUAUAACUGUCAUUCUUGACUUUAUUUACAUUUCGUAGAAAGUGCCUUAACAAAUAUUUUAGGUCUUCAGCUUCAAUGGCUGUUUUUGGAAAAUCGCAUGCAAACAUUAGCCUAACAACAGGAAAGAAAUGGUAGUGAAAGAGCUCCAAAAACCAACAGCCACCACACCAUAUCAUAUCACCGCAAUUUACCAAUGGAUAAGGCUUCAGGGUAAGCACCUGCCCAGUUGUCAUUCAUUGCAAAAGUCACCCCGGAAAACCUUGGUUUCUGUGUUCGUGCCAAGUAAUCGCCUGCCGUUAAUAACUCUUAAAACUCCAUAUAAACCAGGCCUUGCUCAAAUAAUAACUCACAUCCAGGGGAGUGCCUGUGGCACCUUGCCCCUAUUCUUGGAUAAGGUUUGGGAAAAGCUGGGCAUUGGUCAGGUAACCUCUCACUUUCCCCUCUUACAUUUCUUUCACCCUCCCAUUACACCCAUUAUUGUUUCUUACUAUUUCACCCAUACUACUAUGCUCACUUUGUCAUUGAACUUUCUUGUUUUAUCUAAGUUUUCAAAACAGUAUUUUGCAUGUUUUGUGUCUUCUCAAUAUCUCCAUUGGGUUGAAGUGAAAAUUCAUUACAAAAUUUCCUAUCCCUCUACCUCAUUCUUUUUCAGGACUUCAAACUUGCAGAAUCCUCGUCCUCCUCAGCCUUUUUCCUCUGCUGCAAGCCCAAUUCGCUAAAUUCUAAGUUUGCUGUCACCUAAUUAUUGCUUCUUGGCUUAUUCUCAUUUCUUAUUUUCAUUAUUAUCCGUGGUGUCCCACCCUGUUGGCCUUAGUUUUGGUUUCUCCAUUUCAAAAAAGGAGCAUUGUGCAUAUAAAUUGGCAAGGGUGGUAGUUAAAAUAAAACAGUUUUGCCUCAGAAAAUAUCAACAAAAUUAUAUGUUAAAUUGCUGACAGUAGUCAACUUCAUUUCUUUAUUAUGCAUUGCCAUCUUCUUCAUGUCAUGUUCCGCAGUUAGCUAUUUUAAUCAGCAACAUUUUGUGCAUAGCUUUAGACCUUUCAUCAAAUAACAAACAUAGAUUUUUACUGUUGUUAAAAUAUUGUUAAACUCGAUAGGCUUUUAGCAUAAAAAAUAUUUAUAUAUGUUCAACAUUAGAUAUUAGAACAAACUUUUGAAUUCCUAUUUGUGCUUCACUAUGUACAUAUUACCACAAAGCAGAGUGUGUAGGAAAGGCACAGCUAUCUUUACUAAAUGAGCAGGUAAAGAUUAAAAUGCACAGUAGGUCUUUGAGUUCUUGAAAGUGAAAAGUUGAUGAAAGAUGUUUCAGAUGGGAAUCUAAUCUAAAGAAAUUCCACCAAAAUGUUAACCACCUUUCAAAUUUGAAUGCUCAAUGAAAAGUGAUGCCUUUCCAACUUUUCUGAAUUUAUUUAAAUGUUCCUGGUUCUACUGUUUAUUUUCAAAGUUGUUUUCAGAACUAUGGAACUAUAUCGCGAAAUGGCCAAAAAUAUUGUGGUGUUGCAUGAAUUUUAUGUAGAAAAAAUGUGAACAAAUUCAAAUCCAUCCUGAAGGGACAUGGAAUAUAGAAAUAAACGUUUACUGUACUUAA